UGGAAUAAUCAGCACCUUGGUCAGCUCCUCCGCGUAGCGACCUCGCAUGCGCAGUUUUGCUGUCACGACUUGUCUACUCCAACUCCAAUCCAGAGGUAAACAUGGCGUUGAAGGUGCUGAAGGGAAUGGUCAGCGGAGCUGUUAACGAGCUCUCAUCAGCCGUUACCGGCAACAAGACGGCUGCCUCCCGGGAGCAAGUCCUGGCUGUUAAACGCGACUACAUCUCCCAGCCGCGCCUGACCUAUAAGACAGUGUCUGGAGUGAACGGGCCUCUCGUGAUUCUGGACCAGGUGAAGUUUCCCAGGUAUGCAGAGAUCGUCCACCUGACCCUGCCAGAUGGAACCAAGAGGAGUGGCCAGGUGUUGGAGGUUACAGGGUCUAAAGCCGUGGUGCAGGUGUUUGAGGGGACAUCAGGUAUUGAUGCUAAGAAGACCAGCUGUGAGUUUACAGGGGACAUCCUACGCACCCCUGUCUCUGAAGAUAUGCUGGGUCGCGUGUUUAAUGGAUCAGGCAAGCCCAUCGACAAAGGCCCCACAGUGAUGGCAGAAGACUACCUGGACAUCAUGGGCCAGCCUAUCAACCCUCAGUGUCGUAUCUACCCGGAGGAGAUGAUCCAGACAGGGAUCUCUGCUAUAGACGGCAUGAACAGCAUCGCUAGGGGGCAGAAAAUACCCAUCUUCUCUGCUGCAGGACUGCCACACAACGAGAUAGCGGCUCAGAUCUGUCGUCAGGCAGGGCUGGUGAGGAAGUCUAAAGAUGUGAUGGACUACAGUGAUGACAACUUCGCUAUCGUCUUCGCCGCAAUGGGGGUCAACAUGGAGACAGCUCGGUUCUUCAAGUCAGACUUUGAGGAGAAUGGUUCCAUGGACAAUGUCUGUCUGUUCCUCAACCUGGCCAACGACCCCACUAUAGAGCGUAUCAUCACGCCCCGCCUAGCUCUGACAUCAGCAGAGUAUCUGGCCUAUCAGUGUGAGAAGCACGUCCUCGUCAUCCUGACUGACAUGAGCUCCUACGCAGAGGCGUUACGAGAGGUCUCAGCAGCCAGAGAGGAGGUCCCAGGUCGUCGUGGUUUCCCAGGCUACAUGUACACUGACCUUGCCACCAUCUACGAGAGAGCUGGUCGGGUGGAGGGACGCAACGGCUCUAUCACCCAGAUCCCUAUAUUAACUAUGCCCAACGAUGACAUCACUCACCCCAUCCCUGAUCUGACAGGGUACAUCACUGAGGGACAGAUCUACGUGGACAGACAGCUGCACAAUAGACAGAUCUAUCCUCCCAUCAAUGUUCUGCCAUCACUGUCUCGUCUGAUGAAGUCAGCCAUCGGAGAGGGGAUGACACGCAAAGACCACUCUGAUGUCUCCAACCAGCUGUAUGCGUGUUAUGCUAUAGGUAAGGACGUGCAGGCGAUGAAGGCUGUGGUAGGAGAGGAGGCUCUGACGCCUGAUGAUCUUCUCUACCUGGAGUUCCUACAGAAGUUUGAGAAGAACUUCAUCGCCCAGGGAGCCUAUGAGAACAGGACUGUGUUUGAGACACUGGAUAUCGGCUGGCAGCUGAUGAGAAUCUUCCCCAAAGAGAUGCUGAAAAGAAUCCCUCAGAGCACCCUGGCAGAGUUCUACCCCCGCUUGAAGUAAUGAUGACAACAUAGGGAUGCAUAGUGACACACACACACACACACAACUCCAACCCUUCUCUCUUGCUCGGUCUCUUUGUAAUGGUGUUGCUGUUGUAACAUUGCCAGUAGCUUCUGUACUGUACGCGUUGUCAUAGGCUAGUACUGAUACUGUCACACACAGAGACAACCCCUUACCCUAACAGAUAAACCUAUAGAAGUAGAAGAUGCACAUGAUGGAGACAGUGGUUUCCAAGCCAGAGAGGUUCUCUCUGAUCAGCAGAGCCAAAUAGCCUGGUAAUAGGGUCUGGGAUUUUCCCUGGUCAGAUCACAUGAUCAGGAAAAUCUCCUGGCCUUGGCUGUUAGAUGUAUUGGAUGGAUGGAUAGAUGGACGGAUGGAUGGAAGGAUGGAUGGAUGGAAGGAUAGAUUGGUGAAUGGUCUGUUGUAAGUCAGAGAGAUGGUAUAAGGUAUUUUUAUCAGGAUGUGUAGGUGUACUGUAGGUGUCGACUAGUGAAUAUGCAGUGAUGAUGCAUGUGUAUGAAAGACGGGAUCAAGCCCAACCGCCUAUUUCACUCACAAGUGAUUGUUUACGUUUCUAAUGGUCUUUUGUUAUGACCAAUAAGUUGCCUGUGUGUUGCUGAUAGUAUCUUCUGCAUAGAUCAGUGGCGUUUCUGCCCCGAGUUAACCUGAAAGCUCCCUUAAUUCAUUGAACUAAAGCCAGAGAUACAACACAUAAACUGCCUGUUGUUAUUAUUGCCUGUUCACUGAGUGCAUAAACAUUAGGAACGUCUUCCUGAUAUUGAGUUGCACCCCCUUUGGCCAUCAGAACAGCCUCAGUUCGUCAGGGCGUGGACUACAAGGCGUCGAAAGCGUUCCACAGGGAUGCUGGCCCAUGUCGACUCCAGCGCUUUCCACAGUUGUGUCAAGUUGUCCGGAUGUCCUUUGGGUGGUGCACCAUUCUUGAUACACCUGUUGAGCAUGAAAAACCUAGCAGCGUUGCAGUUCUUUAAACACUCAAACCGGUGCUCCUGGCACUUACUACCAGACCCCGCUCAAAGGCACUUAAAUCUUGUGUCUUGCCCAUUCACACUCUGAAUGUCAAAUGUCUCAAGACUUACAAAUCAUCCUUCUUUAACCUGUCUUCAUCUACACUGAUUCAAGUGGAUUUAACAAGUGUCAUCAAUAAGGGAUCAUAGGUUUCACUUGGUCAGUCUAUGUCAUGGAAAGAGCAGGUGUUCCUAAUGUUUUGUACACUCAGUGUAUCUGUGUUGUCUAUAUAUUUCUCUCUACAUUUCUCUAUUGUAGCUGCUCCGUCGACACGCACGCUGUGGUUUAGUGAUGACAAUGUUGUUAUUUACAGUGAAGACCUCUAGAGUAGAUGGAUGUACUGUAUUUAUGUAUGUGUUCCUCUAUAUCUUUUGGUAAAUGUUCUGUUUCGGGAUUUAUGGUUAGUGUAGUUUUGGUCGAAAUGCAUGCAUGACUGCUCAGCUUUUUGGAGUGUGUCUGUGCAAUAAAGGAAUACACGCUG